CAAACUAAUACGUAACCAUGGCCAUGGCCUUGCAUGACCAUGUCUUCUUCUACAUCUUUGUCAUCAUCUCCGCCGCGCCAUUAUCGCUCUCUCAGCCGCAAGCCGCCUCCUCCUGCAACGGAAUAUUCCUGUCUUACACUUACACCGGCGGCUACCGCCUGCCGCCGAACACGUCCGACACCGCGGACCAGCCAUACCGGUUCACGUCGGAGCUGACGGUGCUAAACUACGGCCUAGAGGAUCUGAAGUCAUGGAAGGUGUUCGUGGGUUUCCGGCACCGGGAGUGGCUGGUUUCGGCGUCGAACGCGGAGCUGGCGGACGGCACAGGGCUCCCUGCUGCUGUCGGAAACGGGACAGUUUUGGAGGGGACCGAGGUGAGGGACUUGAAGACGGCAGCGGAGACGGCGGGGGACUUAAAACAGAUGAUGGUAACGGUGGACAUGGUGGGGACGGUGUUUGGGGUGGCGCCGCCCAAUGCUCCCAUGCCUUCCACCAUUAGGCUCUCUAAUGAUGGUUUUAUUUGUCGUAAACCCACUUCUCAAGGUAACAAUGAGACACAUACAUGUUGCACAGUUGAUCCCAAUUCCAAAACAAACACAGCCACAGAUGAACAAGAAUUUCCACUCCCUCAGAAAGGUGGUGACCUUAGCAUAAUCUAUGAUGUCACAAAAACAUAUGAUUCGAAUUACUGGGCAGAGGUCACAGUUUCAAACAAAAACCCCAUUGGCCGUCUUGACCAUUGGAAACUCAGCUGGGAAUGGAUCAAUGAUGAGUUCAUAUACACAAUGAAAGGUGCAUAUCCAUCAAAUGUUGAUUCUUCUGAAUGUAUCUUUGGUUCACAAGGUGAGUACUACAAGGAACUUGACUUUGCCGAUGUGUUGAACUGCGAAAGAAGGCCAACCGUAGUUGAUCUCCCUCCAUCAAGGUUCAAUGAUUCAAAACUUGGUAAAGUCCCAUUUUGCUGCAGAAAUGGUACAUUGUUGCCACCCACAAUGGAUCCUAGUAAGUCAAUUUCAAGGUUCCAAAUGCAGGUCUUCAAGAUGCCUCCAAACAUCAAUCGUUCCCACCUUGCGCCACCUAGGAACUGGAAGAUAAGUGGUGAGGAACUCAACCCUGAAUACCAAUGUGGGAAUCCUGUUAGGGUGAGUCCUAGUGAGUCUCUGGAUCCAACAGGGUUGCCAUCAAAUACAUCUGCAAUUGCAAGUUGGCAAAUUCUCUGCAACAUAACAAGGAACACAAGAAAAAGCAAAUGUUGUGUCUCAUUUUCAGCUUUUUUCAAUGAAUCUGUUGUUCCCUGCCAAACAUGUGCAUGUGGAUGCUCAGCGAAGCCAGAGAAGACGUGCAGUGUGGCUGAACCGGCUGUGCUGCUUCCCCCGGAGGCACUUCUUGUUCCAUUUGAGAAUAGAACAAAAAUGGCUCAUACUUGGGCUGAAAGAAAGCAUCUAUCAGUGCCUAAUCCUAUGCCUUGUGGUGAUAACUGUGGUGUGAGCAUCAACUGGCAUGUGAAUACAGAUUACCGGCGAGGUUGGACUGCAAGGAUCACGCUUUUCAACUGGGGCGAAACUGAUUUCGCAGACUGGUUUGUCGCAGUAGAAAUGGAUAAAGCGGCCCCUGGUUUUGAGAAAAUGUACUCAUUCAAUGCUAGCUCAUUAGACAAAGUGAAGAACACAAUAUUCAUGCAAGGAAAGGAAGGAUUGAACUUCCUUGUAGCCGAAGUAAAUGGAUCCAACCCAAAAAAAGAUCCGAAGGUGCCCGGGAAACAACAAUCCGUGAUCUCAUUUAGAAAGAAAAAUACUCCUGGAAUCAAAGUGGUAGAUGGUGAUGGAUUUCCCAAUAAAGUAUUCUUCAAUGGGGACGAAUGUUCUCUUCCUUUGGUAUAUCCAAGCAGUGGUUUCAGGAAUGAGUUUUCUUUUGUUCCCGUGUUGCUCCUGAUGUUGUUGCCAAUCAUAUGGAUGUGGCAAUAGUGGCAUUGUUUUAUUUUUGGUUCGGUACAUAGAAUUGUAAAAUUGCAUUUAUUUAAACUGAAAUUUGUAAUUUUUCUUGUUUUACACAGAUGA